AUGCUGGCUGUGGCCAAGCAACUUCCCCAAUGCGCGCAAGUGUGUCUUGCCACAGCAGUCACCCAAUCGCCUGUUCAGCACACAGACCUAGCCUCAAUAUGUGCAGAUGCUAAAUUGCAAGGCGAGGUAGAAGCGUGUGUUUUGCAAGCGUGCACACUGAGACAGAGUUUGACGACCAAGAAUGUCACUUCAACAAGCUGUCACGCCCCCAUACGUUAUUCUGGCGAGUCCAUUCGCGUAUCAAACUUGAUUCUCUCGAUCGUCACCGCUGUCUGCGCGCUCUCCAGGAUUAUAUACAAGGCUGUGUUCUCUAUCGGAGAGCUCGGUUACGAUGAUUACAGCGUCUUAGCCGCACUGAUAGCCGGUGUACCAUCUGUCGUUAUCAUCGAUAGAGCCAUCGUUCCAAAUGGUCUUGGAAGAGACGUGUGGACAGUCAGCUUCGAGCAGAUCACCAAUUUCGUCCGGUAUCUUUACGCCCUGGAAGUCCUGUACUUCAUCCAGAUUGCGCUUCUGAAGCUCACGCUUCUUUUCUUCUUUCUCCGAAUCUUUCCAAAGCCGAUGAUCAGGCGACUCCUCUGGGCUACUAUUGCAUUCAACUGUCUCAACGGCGUUGCAUUCACGUUCGCCGCCAUCUUUCAAUGUCGACCGAUAUCCUUUUACUGGACGAAAUGGGACAAGGAGGGAUCAGGCCAAUGCAUCGAUAUCAACGGCUUAGCGUGGACAAACGCCAUUAUCAGUAUCGUCCUAGAUAUUUGGAUGCUCGCUUUACCCUUGUUCGAGGUUUUCAACCUGCAGCUGUCCUGGCGCAAGAAGCUUAGCGUUGCUGUUAUGUUUUGCGUUGGCACAUUUGUAACCGUCAUAUCGAUACUCCGCCUGCGGUCUCUUGUCAACUUUGCCGCUUCCGCGAAUCCAACAUGGGACCAAGCGGAUGUGAUCAACUGGUCAAACAUCGAAAUCAACAUCGGAAUCAUCUGCGCCUGCUUGCCUGCACUACGCGUCAUUCUUGUCCACUUGUUCCCCAAGGUCCUUGGUACAACUAAGGCCACCGACCGGCCUUACUACGCAUACGGCAGCCAAAGUCAUGGAAUGAGGAAGGGAGGCAGUGCACCGACCCUCGAAUUCCAAGUCUUCCACGAUAAUGAGAUACCGCGCUAUCUUAUACUAUCGCACACAUGGGGAAUGGAGGAGAUUUCCUAUCAGGAGAUGCGCUUCUUGCAACAGCAUCACGCCUUGCCUGAUAGCCUCAAAAGCGAUACCACAGUGAUGGCUGCAUUGGAAGCGGCUGCUGGGCUGAAGAUCUUCGCGAUGAAUAGCAAGUCUAUUCAAGCCCGUGCCGGCUACAGGAAGAUACAAAAGGCCGCCAAGCUCGCAAGAGAAAAGGGACUGAAAUACAUCUGGAUAGACACCUGUUGUAUUGACAAAAGUAGCAGCGCGGAGCUACAGGAAGCAAUCAACUCAAUGUAUCGAUGGUAUCAGCAAUCCUGCUUCUGUAUGGUUCACCUGGAAGAUGCUGGUCCCGUGCGAAACCCGGGCUCUGAUUUGCGCCGCCAUUAUGAUAUUGCAACAAUAUUACGUACGUCCCGAUGGAUCACUAGAGGCUGGACUUUACAAGAACUCAUCGCACCCAAGGCUCUCGCAUUCUAUGAUCAGAAUUUCGCACUCAUUGGCUCCAAAAGUAUGUUCUGUCCAACGAUUGCCGAAGUGACAGGGAUACCUCUAUCUGUUUUGCGUACUGGUGACCUGAGUCAAGCUUCAGUCGCACAAAAAAUGUCAUGGGCAGCCAAUCGCAAAACGACUCGAGCAGAAGACCGUGCAUACAGCCUCAUGGGCCUGUUUGGUAUUCAUAUGCCUAUGCUGUACGGUGAGGGUGACAAUGCAUUCAGACGGUUGCAGGAAGAGAUCAUGAGAAGGACUCCUGACGACUCAAUCUUCGCAUGGAGGGCACCUGAUGGGUCGCUAUCCAGAUAUUGUGGAUUGCUAGCCAUGUCGCCCGACGACUUCGAAGGAUCUCAGGGUAUCGAGCAGGGCCGUGGUCAAUUCGCUACAUCAAAUUUGGGCCUCAGAAUUGAGGCACGGCUUUGUCCUUUGCUGGACGAUAUCCCUGGCGAGAUGUGGGACGAUUCAAUCUUCGCCCUUCCGCUGGGCGCAAUAGAGAAAGGAAGAAUAAUUGCUCUGCUCAUUCGACGACUGGGUGCAUCGCACUACACAAGAGUUGCAGCCAACACGUUCAGUCAUCGGCUCAAUGAUAAUGGCAAGCCUGAGGCAAUUUAUAUCGAACACACUCCAAAGAUUCCAAAGAUAUUCCGAAGCCGUGCGAUGCAUUGCUUUCAGUUCAAGUUCGACUCUACAGUAUACCGUAUUCGAAGUGCACAGCCAAAGCAGUUGUGGGAUCCAAUCCAUAGCGACCUUUCAAUCAAUCCCGAGUUUUGUACAAACAACGGUUCAGACAACAACGGGUAUCCAGGUGCACCGGUAUUCUAUGGCACGGUUCGCCUGUAUUACCAGAACCGCAACUUUCCUUUGGCUUGUUCGAUCAACUUCGGGCAUAAUCUCGUGACAGGCCGUGUAUGGUUGAAGCUUUUGGGCUCUGCUUCUACACCCAUCGAACCGAAUUGGCGAAGCUAUACUGCCAUGUCUAUACUUAUCCCGCUCUACGUGUAUCCAAGUGCGGGUGCAUGGGAUCCGCUAUACGCAGCAGCAAAAGCGUACAGAGAUGUAGACUUCACCGUCAUCAUCAACCCUUGCUCUGGCCCCUGUAUGGGAUCACUCCCUGAUCAAGUGUACCUUGAUGAGGUCCCUAAACUACGAGCCUAUCCAAACAUCAGAACACUGGGAUACGUCGCAACCGAUUAUGCAGAAAAGCCUAUCGAAAGCGUUUUGGCAGAAAUCGACACGUACGCGCGCUGGCCCAAAGUCGCAAAUAUCACCAAGAUGCGCGUUGAUGGAAUCUUCUUGGACGAGACACCAAGCAUGUUCGAUGAGGACGAUUACGCAUAUCUGAAGACAGCGAACCAAGCAAUCAAGAACAGCACAGCGUUCAGCGAGCGCUUCAUAGCUCAUAAUCCAGGCCUAAUGCCCACUUCUAUACUCACUUCGCCCACAGUACUACAAGAAUCCUACCUCAACCUCACCGACCUCACUGUCGUAUUCGAAGAGACAUUCGACAAGUGGCUUGACAGAGAUAUUAUGGUUCCGCUACAAGCACACAAGAUUCGGCGUUCGAGACUGGCAGUCAUACUGCAUUCGUUGCCGAAUCUGACUGGAGAAGUGCUGGACUUUGUGAUCCAGCAGGUGCAGAACACGGCGGAUUGGAUCUUUUUGACGGACACUGCGUCGCCUAUCUUCGGCUUGCUUCACGCCUUGCGCCCUUCCCUCCAACAUGCCGCCGCAAUGCCGCCACGGCGUUUAUAUCCGCUCGCUCGCCUCUGCAUAAACACGCUCAAAGCGGGUAAUCGACCCUUGACCGCCUCCCUUGCCCCGCGCCAGCUAUCCACUUCACGAGCAUACUCGGCCAUGUCAGAACUCUCCCACUACAUUGCCAAGAGCAGCAAGAGCUUGACAAAUGGCACAAGCCACGAUGGCAACGCCUGGGGCGCCGACAAGAACCCGGCGGCCUUUGACUUCCGCUCGGACGUGCACACUACACCAACCAGGGCCAUGCUCAAGGCAAUCCAGGAGUGCACCCUGCUCGACGAUGUCACCAUGGAGGAUCCCACCACACUGUCGCUCGAGCGCUUUGUGGCUGACCUCAGCGGCAAGGAGGACGCGCUCCUGAUGCUGUCUGGUACCAUGGGCAACCAGGUCGCGCUGCGAGCACACCUCACCACGCCCCCACACGCCAUCAUCUGCGACCGACGUGGCCACAUCAUCAACUACGAGGCAGGAGGUGUAGCAACCUUGAGCCAGGCCAUGGUGCAACCACUCGAUGCCAAGAACGGCACAUACCUCACGCUCGAAGACAUCCAGAAAUACGCCGUCAUCUCUGACGAUGUCCAUGCCUGUCCCACGCGUGUCAUCGAGCUCGAAAACACGCUCAAUGGCGCCAUAAUGCCCCUGUCCGAAGUGAAGCGGAUAUCGGCUUGGGCGCGCCAACACGGCAUCAUAAUGCACUUGGACGGUGCACGUCUGUGGGAAGCUGUAGCUGCGGGUGCUGGUACCUUGAAGGAGUACUGCGCUGAGUUUGAUAGCAUUAGCCUGUGCAUCAGCAAGGGCCUUGGAGCGCCCAUUGGUAGCAUCAUCGUCGGUACAAAAGAUUUCAUCAAGCGUAGCCGCUGGAUCCGCAAGUCUAUCGGUGGAGGUCUGCGACAAGCUGGUGUCGUUGCAGCUCCAAUGCGCGUUGCCAUCGAAGAGACGUUCCUUGGCGGCAAGCUCACCAAGUCUCACGAAAAUGCCAAGAAGAUUGCAAGCAUGUGGACCGAUCUUGGUGGCAAGCUGCAAUAUCCCGUAGACACCAACAUGGUUUGGUUGGAUCUCGAGGCGCAUCAUGUUGACAUCAACAACUUUAUCGAGCUAGCGGAGAAGUACGGCGUAAGGGUGCGUGGUGGUAGAUUUGUUGUGCAUUACCAGAUUGGCGAAGAGGCAAUUGAAGCGUUGCGAAAGAUCUUUACCGAAGUCAUGACUGGUAAGGAAUCGGCAGGGAAGAAAGCCGAAGCCCCGCAUGACCCCGAAGACCUCAAGAUGAAGGGCAAGGGCGUGGAGCCAACUACUUCAAGUUGCUUCCUUUCCUCUAUACCACGUCAAUUUCACACUUCUACAGCAAAGAUGGUACCACCGAUCGCACAAAACCGAACACUGUUGUCCAACCAUCCGGACAAAGUCCGCAUGCUUGUUCUCGAGACAGACGAGACACAUCCUGACACUCAAAAAGAGACUGGCUCCUUUGGAGUCGUUCUAGGUGAACUUCUCAAAAAAGCUGGAGAUGAGCACAAACCCAGUCUCGGUAUCGAGACCUCAAUGCAAUACGUAGUCGAGCCAGAAGGUGGUGCGAUACCGAAGCUAGAGGAGAUUGGUGACGACGUACACGCCAUCCUUAUAACAGGAAGCUGCUGGGACGCACACGGUGACGACCCUUGGAUUCUCAAGCUCAUUGAAUUUAUCAAAGACGUCUGGACACAUCGCCCCGACAUCCGUUUCACAGGGAUAUGUUUCGGACACCAAAUUCUUUGCAGAACUCUGGGUGCUACCGUAAAACCACAGAAGGACGGUGAAUGGGAAUUAUCCCAUCAGCCCAUCCAGCUCUCCGACAUUGGCCGCCAUCUUUUUAACCUGCCCGAAACAGAGACCAAGAUACACCUUCACCAGAUGCAUCUUGAUCACGUCGUUAAUCCUCCUUCCACCGAGACCACCGAUUUGAUACCAAAGGACACCAAGGUUCACGUUUGGGGUACCAGCGACCACACUGGUGUUCAGGGUGUAUAUAUCCACAAGAGAUUGUUCACCACGCAAGGCCACAUGGAGUUUGAUGAGGCUCUUGUUAAGAGGCAACUUGAGAUGAGGGUUGAGAGUGGGAGCGUGAGCAAGCAGGAUGCAGACGAGGCUGCCGAGAGAGCGGAUUGGAUGCAUGACGGUCUUCUUGUCGCAAAAGCAGUGUUGAGGUUCUUCCAUGGCGACGAUGACAUCUACACAUAG